AAACAUACAAAGCAAACUAUGGUCAGGAUGUGACAACAAGUAUAAAACCUCACAUGGUUAUGGGUUUAAAAAAGGAAGACACCUGCACCGUGUCAGAUAUAUAUAUAGAGUUUAAAUGUAUUACAUGUUGAGUUUGCAUCCCAAUAUUACAUUUUAAAUACAUCACAGAAGACUGACAUAUAACAAAACCGUUUGACAUAAAAACGCUGGAUUUUCGGUGCGUAAAAAAUAAUAAUAUGUUGACUAAUUAUGAAAAAAUAUGAAUAACAUUCCACCCUUGAGGCCACUAGAUGGCAUUUCUGGUCAUUCGACUGCAGGAAAGGGCUACGACACAAUAUUAACAAGAGGCUUGUGCAAGUGGUGCACUUUCACAACAGAACCGUUCUGCAAAACCCCGUGUUCAUGAGAUCAACGUGUCUAACUUUCCCUGUUUUGCAGACUGACAGGAAGUCCAAGGACAGACAGAUCUGCAUCCCCUAUCAAAGUGCUCUUUGACAACUUACUGCUUUUCUUGGACACAUUUGUCAAUGGAUACCUUGGGAAUGAUGGACGAUGGCUGCCUGUCACCAGACAAUGACAUGGUGACGGGAGGAGGGUCUAGCGGAGGAGGCCGGCUCCGCAGCGCAGACCUGAUCCUGGGCUUCAGUAAGGACCAGUAUCUCCUGCUCACUCCCGUAGGGUCCGAACGGACCCAUGAAGUGGACACUGAGGGCCUGGAGGACCACCAGGGGAAGCAGGGCCAGUCAGACGCCUACAGAUACCUGGCCAGCCUGGAGGACAGCACCCAGCACUCUGCCUUUCACGAGUCGGGCCUUUUCCCCAGGGACGAGUGUGACGGGGACCUGGGAGAUCUCCAGAAGGGGGUGGGCAGCGGGGAAAAGUCCCCUGAGCCUCCAAAGGAGGACCGCCCUAAGAAGAAGCAUCGGCGUAACCGCACCACCUUCACCACCUUCCAGCUCCAUGAGUUGGAGAAGGCCUUUGAGAAGUCCCACUACCCUGACGUCUACAGCCGGGAGCUCCUGGCCAUGAAGGUCUACCUCCUUGAGGUCCGUGUCCAGGUGUGGUUCCAGAACCGUCGGGCUAAGUGGAGACGUCAGGAGAAGAUGGACUCCAACUCAACAAAGCUCCGCCACUCCCCCAUGUUGUCUUUCAACCGGUCGCCCAUGCCCUCCAAUGUGGGUCUCAUGUCCAACCCAUUACCCCUGGACCCCUGGCUGGCAUCGUCCAUGUCCAGCGGCAACCCAAUGCACACUAUCCCCGGAUAUGCAGGCCCAGGGCAGGGCCCUCACUUUCAGCCUGCCUACCCCAGCCACUCCCACUCUCACAGCCACAGCUUCCUCGACAGCCCCCCAGGACAUGGCAUGGUGCACCAAGGGAUGGUACAGGAGAUGCAGUCUGUGGCCCCGCCACUCUACCAGUGCCCCUGCAGCUUCAAUAAUAAGUACCCUCUGCUAAGGACCUGGAACAUGGUUCCAGCAUCACAGCACUGAAGUUGAAGGCUAAGGAGCACAUCCAUUCCAUGGAUAAAACCUGGAAGCCGGACAAUCAUUUAAGGAUGGUCAACCACAACAGGUGAUCACAACAAAGAUAUUAUGUUAACAAUAGUGAACUUCAACAUGAUCAAAACAAAGACAUUCUAUAAAGGAUGCUAAACUUCAACAUGAUCAAAACAAAGACAUUCUAUAAAGGAUGCUAAACUUCAACAUGAUCAAAACAAAGACAUUCUAUAAAGGAUGAUUACUUCAGCAGGUAAUCAAAACAAAGACAUUCUAUAAAGGAUGAUUACUUCAGCAGGUAAUCAAAACAAAGAUAUUCUGUAAAGAGGAUGGUGAACUUCAGAACAAAGACAUUCUGUAUAGUUUAUACAUUUUUUUUGUUAAUUUUAUUUAACCUUUAUUUAAGUCAGAUAAAGAGAUAUGGUCAAAAGUAAUACAUUAUGUAGGGAUUAGGGUGCCAUUUAGGUUGUUCUGUGUAUUUAAAAGGAUUAUUGUCUCCAUUAAGGUUUUUUUCUUAUCACUUAUUUAUAUUUGCAUAUUUGUACACUAAAUUCUUUCUGGAUGUGAAAUAAAAUGAACUUAUGUUUUUGUUUUUUUACGAAUAAUUCAGUGGUGCUACCAUAUUGAAAAGUCAGUACUAGUGAUCAUGUGAAAUGUUAUCAUAUUGGCAUUGAUUAAAGAUUGUUUACACCUAAUAUUAGCUUUGUGUUACUGUAACAAAUCCUGUCCUAGUUACUGUAACUAGAUGGGGCAGGGUGUGUUACAGUAACUAGAUG